UUACUUUAUUAUUCAUUCAUUCAGCCAGAGUCGCACACCCUUUAACAACUUUUUUUUUCUACCAACUCUGACUCGAUUUUUUAUACAAUUAUCCCCGUAAAAUGUCUUAUAAACUGACCUAUUUCGAUUUCAAGGGGAGAGGAGAAGCCAUACGACUCUUGCUGGCCACUGCCGGCGUAAAGUUUGCCGACGACAGGGUCAAACUGGAAAAUUGGCCGAGCAUUAAGCCACACACCCCUUGGGAAAUGGUCCCCGUGUUGCACGUUGGCGAUCGAAGUCUUUCUCAAAGUCUAACAAUUUGUCGCUAUAUCGCCAGAAAGUUUAAGCUGAUGGGUGCAAAUGAAUGGGAAGCGUCGAAAUGUGACGAAUAUGCAGAAACGAUUAACGACCUAUAUUUAGAAUGGAUAAAAUUCAACUUUGAAGCUGACCCAGACAAGAAAGCCGAGCUGAAAAACGCCUUUUUGACCACCCUUGUUCCAAAAUACCUCAUAAAGCUGAACACUUUGCAGUCCAAUAACGGAGGAAAUUUUCUAGUUGGGAAUACGCUGACAUGGGCCGACAUUUUUGUGGCAGAUAAGCUUCAAACCUUUGAAGAUACCGUGGAUCAAGGAGUCCUAAAUGAGUACCCACACCUUCGGAAAAUGAAGGACGCCGUGUUUGCCGAGCCCAGAAUUAAAGCUUACAUCGAAGGACGAUAACAGUUAUUUAGUUUGUGUGCAAUCUCGGAAAAAACAUUGAAUAAGUGUCACACCACAUCAUCAUCGGCAGAAUAAUAAAACCUCACACAAAACGUAAAUAAUAGUCGUACAAUUCUAAUCAGCGGUGGGUGGGUGGUAUUUGCGUGACGAGCAACGGUAUGAAUGAGAUGAUAAGUAAAUGUCCACGUUCUUAUCUUGUUUGUUUUGCUAUUAUAUUAUUAUUAUUAUUACGUGUAUACUUUAUUCACAAAUGCAUGAAAUUAUGAAUAACAAAAAGACAAAGGGUUUGCUGUUUGAGAGGAAUAUUAUUUUUUAUGAAUAAAAACUUGACAAAAUUCAUAAUAUGGUGAAGGCAACAAUACUAUUAAUACAUGCAAAUAAAACCUAAACUUUCGAAAAAAU